AUGAAAAUUCAUUUUUUAUUUAUAUUUCUUACACUAAUUAAAUAUGUUAUUAAUUCAAAAAUAAAAUCUAACAUCGGGAAUUCAGGGAUAUAUUUAGGAUAUAUAAGAAAAGACUCUAAUUUAAAAUUAAUACCGAAAAAAAAAUAUUCUUACAUUAAUAAUUUGUGUUUUUUCAAAAGAAGAAAUAGUGAAAUAUAUAAAAUUUUUAAAUGUAAUUUAUUUAUUAGCACUAACUAUUUAAAAAAAUUUUUUAUAAAAAAUUCUUAUGGAAAAAUGAAAAUAAUAAAAUUUAGAAAUUUCAAUAAAUUAUGGGCCAAAAAAAAAGGUGUAGGAAGCACAAAAAAUGGUAGAGAUAGUAACCCUAAAAACCUAGGUGUAAAAAUAUUGGGAAAUAAUUUUGCAUAUCCUGGUAAUAUUAUAGUAAGGCAAAGAGGACGUACAUUUAAACCUGGUUACGGAGUAAAACAAGGAAGAGAUUUUACAUUAGUUGCCACUAGGGCAGGGAAAGUAAAUUUUUUUAAGGGAGUUGUAAGUAUUAUUGAUGUUAAUGAACCUAAAAAAAUGACUUUCAAAGACAUAUAUCAAGAAAAUCCAACAAUAUUAAGUCUAUCAAAAAUGUGGACUUCAACUUAA